AUGCGUUUCACUACUGUGCUGUCUAGCCUCUUCGUCCUCGCCACCCUUGGCCUGGCUGCUCCUAUCGCUGAGCCUACUCCGGAUGUUGUUGCUCGUGAUGAGGUCGCUGCACGUGGAAGCCUGGGAUACUGCUAUAUUAAGCGUGACACUGAGGGAACAGAUUCGGCUGAUCAACUCUGGUAUGAGACCUAUCACAGUUUCUUGGUGACACCCACUGACAGUAUUCAUUCAAGCUGA